UGAUUCAGCAUUUUGAUCGUUCUAAGAAAGUAGAUGAUACUUCAAAUAUAUUAUUGGGUGAAAAGACAAGCACGAUCUCAAGAAUCAUGUAAAGCUGACAAAACCCAUUAAUAUUUUUGUCCCCUGACGAAAAAUAUUGUAUAUGCUGACAACCCAAAGGCCCUAUCUAUCAAUCUCUUUGAAAAUUUCAAACAAUUGAAACAGAAACUCAUGGAUAUGGAUGAUCUCCCACCGCAUGUCCUCAUCUUCCCUUUACCUCUGCAAGGUCCGGUGAACUCCAUGCUGAAGCUCGCCGACCUCUUCUCCCUCGCCGGCCUCCACAUCACCUUCCUCCUCACCGACCACAUCCAUUCUCGCCUCCUCCGUCACACCAAUAUUCAAUCCCAUUUCAAUCGUUAUCCCGGCUUUCGUUUUGAAACAAUCUCGGAUGGCCUUCCGCCGGAGCACCCCCGCGCCGGUGACCGCUACAUGGAUGUGUUUGCGUCUUUGAGAGCUGUAGCCAAGCCUUCGUUCAAAGAGUUGCUGACUUCCGGUCGAUUAAGCUCCGAUUCACGGCGGCCGGUGACGUGUGUCAUCGCAGAUGGAAUUCUGAGCUUUACUCUUGAAGUUGGUGAAGAGAUCGGAGUUCCAGUCAUUUAUUCACGAACGAUCAGUGCUUGCUGUCUCUGGGUUUUUUUCUGUCUUCCCAAGCUCAUUGAAGCUGGGGAGCUUCCUUUCAAAGGAACUGACUUGGAUACACUGAUAACGAGCGUGCCGGGGACAGAAGAUUUUCUCCGGCAACGGGAUCUUCCGAGCUUCUGCCGCUCCGGCGACCUAACCGACCCGAGUAUCAAACUCCACAUGACGGAGGGCCGAGAAACAACCCGAGGCUAUGGUCUCAUACUCAACACAUUCGAAGAGCUAGAAGGACCCAUACUCUCUCAGAUGCGCACUCUCUGCCCAAAUCUCUACCCGAUCGGACCACUCCACGCCCACCUGAAAACCCGAUUGGCAGCAGCGGAAACGACGUCGUCGUCACCGUUCUCAUCAAACAGCUUAUGGGAAGAAGACAAGACUUGUAUUCAAUGGCUGAAUUCACAACCUCUGAGAUCUGUCAUCUAUGUAAGCUUUGGAAGUUGUGCUGUCUUAACGAAGGACCAGUUAAUGGAGUUUUGGCAUGGGUUGGUGAAUAGUGGGGUCAGGUUUUUGUGGGUCAUACGGCCGGACUCCGUCGUCGGCGAGGAUUGGGAGAGUCAGAUUCCGGUGGAACUCUCGGAAGAAACCAAAAAGAGGGGGUAUACAGUGGGCUGGGCUCCACAGGAGGAGGUGUUGGGCCAUAAGGCUGUUGGCGGGUUUUUGACACACAGUGGGUGGAACUCAACUCUGGAGAGUGUCUACGCGGGUGUGCCUAUGAUCUGUUGGCCCUACUUUGUGGACCAGCAGGUGAAUAGUAGGUUUGUUGGGGAGGUUUGGAGGCUUGGGCUGGACAUGAAAGACACGUGUAAUCGAGUCAAAAUUGCGGAGAUGGUCAAAGAUCUGAUGGUGGUGAGGAGGGAAGAGUUUGGGAAAUCGGCUGAUCGGAUGGCGGAGAUGGCGAGAAGGAGUGUGAGUGAUGGUGGAUCGAGUUCAAUUCCUGAAUUAACUUUAAUGGAUCAUCAAGAACCAGAGCUACUGCCUCCUCAUGUACUCAUCUUCCCCUUUCCGGGACAGGGUCAUGUCAACAGCAUGCUCAAGCUCGCCGAGCUCCUCUGUCUCGCCGGCCUCCACGUCACUUUCCUCCUCACCAACCAUACCCACGAUCGCCUCCUACGUUAUGCCAACGUUCAGUCCUCUUUCAGUCGAUAUCCCGGAUUCAGAUUCGAAACCAUCCCCGACGGCCUUCCGUCAGAACACCCACGUUCCAUCGACCGACUCAUGGAGUUGUUUGAUUCUCUAAAACACACUGCGAAACCACUUCUCAAGGAAAUUAUGCUUUCCACUCAUGUCGGUGAACGUCGGCCGGUGACUUGCGUCAUAGCCGACGGAGUACUGGGUUUUACAAUUGAUGCUGCGGAAGAGGUUAGCGUUCCAAUUAUUUAUUUCCGUACAGUAAGUGCCUGUGCUUUCUGGACUUAUUUUUGCAUCCCACAACUCAUUGAAGCUGGAGAGCUUCCCUUCAAAGGUAACGAGAUGGAGGAAGCUAUAGAGAAUGUACCGGGAAUGGAAGAUUAUCUCCGACGUCGUGAUCUCCCGAGUUUUUGCCGGGUGGGUGAUUUGGCAGACCCGGGUAUCCGAAUGGUGAUUGAUGAAACCCAGAAUACCACUCGAGUCCAAGCUCUGAUACUCAACACGUUUGAGGACCUAGAAGGACCCAUACUCGCUCACAUACGCACCCGUUGUCCAAAACUCUAUACCAUCGGACCACUUCACUUGCACGUGAAGACUAGACUCACACAAGAAACAAAGUCAUCAUCUUCAAACAGUACUACGUGUUUAUGGGAACAAGAUCGGAGUUGCCUGACGUGGCUCGAUUCUCAGCCGUUAAAAUCUGUGAUCUACGUGAGCUUUGGAAGCGUUACACCGAUGACGAAGGACCAAGUCAUGGAGUUUUGUCACGGUUUGGUGAAUAGCGGGAAACGGUUCUUGUGGGUCAUACGACCGGACUCUGUUAAGGGUUGGGAGGGUCAGAUUCCGGCGGCGGUCAGGGAGGGGACCAAGGAGAGGGGGUAUAUAGUGGGCUGGGCUCCACAGGAGGAGGUGUUGGCCCACCAAGCUGUGGGUGGGUUUUUGACCCACAGUGGAUGGAACUCAACUUUGGAGAGUAUGGUCGUUGGAGUGCCCAUGAUUUGUUGGCCAUAUUUUGGUGACCAGCAGGUGAACAGUAGGUUUGUGAGUGAGGUUUGGAAGCUUGGUUUGGACAUGAAGGACACGUGUGAUAGAGUUGUGGUUGAGAAGAUGCUCAGAGAUCUCAUGGAGGAGAGGAAGGAUGAGUUCAUGGUAUCGGCGGAUCAAAUGGGGAAAAUGGCGAGAGAAUCUGUGAGUGAAGGUGGGUCCUCUUACUGUAAUCUGGACCGUUUGAUUGAUGACAUAAGAUUGAUGAUUGUGGGAGGAGAAACAUAGGCUCAGUUUGUCCUCAAAUUGAAGGUUCUUUUUCUCGAACAUUCAUAAGGAUAGAUGUAUCUCUUUGUCAAAAGACUCAAAACAAUGAAUGUUGAGCUUUCAAUUGAUUUGUUUAGUGAAGUGUAUAAAUAAAGUUUCGUCUUUAGUUUGUUGAUUGAUCAA